CAAAGAUUGAAGUUUCGCUUUCGGUUUUUACAGAUCACGUACUCCUAAUUUGGAAACUUCAUAACUCUCAAGAAACUACAGUAUCUUCUACGACGACCACAAUGAAUAUCAGGUCCUCUCUCAUAUCCCCAUUCCCAUGCCCCCUCAAUAUAAGGAGCGGAACACAAGUACAAUGUUGAUUUUACUUGUAAGAUUCAUAGACUUCAGAGUUACUUUGGAGCGACUAGUUGCGCGUUUUUAGUAGAUCGCACUAAUCCCCCGAACGCGAACACCCAACGUAUUUCUUUGCUGAUGUCAAUUUUCAGGUUCUGUGCAGUUUUUCGAGAUUCUACUCGUGGAAAUGUCAACUUUUUUCAAUUUGAGUCUGGAAUUUCGUCUCCUAUAAGUCACAGCUUAGAUUCGAUUUAAGUAUGGUAGAUCCCAACCUAACCUAACCUUAAGUAUUUAAAUUCAGAUAUACGUCCUUUCCUCAAGAAUCUAUACAAUGACGUCCUCGAUUCCUGCUGAAGAUGUUGCCCGAGCCGGGAGCAGGAGAAGACCGCUUCGACCUUUGGCGCACUGCGUAUUCGUCUCAGCAGCACUGUGGUCGAUAAGUUCAAGUCUCGUUCUGGCAAGUGACGUUGCACACGACGACCACGACCGAGCAGCAGGAGCAGCACCCACCCCAGAAGAUAGAGAACGCCGGUCUUUGUUUCACAGUGCGAAUUUGGAGCUAGAGUCGGUGUUCGGUGAUGGCUGUCAGACCUGCGGCGACGCCGGCCAAGGCAGCGGCAGUUGGGAUAACAACUAUGUGUGUUCCGAACAAGGUGGCGGCGUGCAUCAAAUCUGUUACCGGAACAUCAAAGGAGCCGGUUUUUCCGAGAAAACAGGCCAACCUGCGUGGUCCGACGAGCGGUGUGAGAACUGCAACCACUGCGUGUGUCUGGGCGCGUGGGCUUUAUUCGUCGCUAAAGGAGGACGCAGGGAACUCGACAACGUGGCAGGGACGAUGGGGGUAGCACCAGAGCAGGCUAAGUCGCCAGAUCCUCUUAAGGCUGCUGUAGGAGGCCUUGCGUCCAUUCCAAGGUCCCCUGAGAUGCAGCAGCGCAGUCGAUCUAGCCGGGUCUGGAGGAGAAUCUUGGAGGAAUCAGACGCGAAAUUUGAACUACUCGAACAAGAAGGUUCUACUACCUCGUUAUCUGAAUCUGGUACUAGGACGAAGAAUAUUAAGCAGCAGCGGCCACGUGGUAUUAGCCGAGCUCUAUUGUCCAAGAAGCUGCCAGCCGGCAAGUUAAAGUGCGACGCGAUUCCAGAGACGGCUUUGGAUUACAGGUAUGUGGGAAAAUGGAAUACCUGGAACGGCCACGAGCUGCCGAAUCAGGUGGUUGACGGAGUAGAGGAACUUGUCGCACAAUGCAUCGACCAAGCCCGUAGCAAGAAGCAGCGGACGCAUUUGACCGAUAAAUUUUGCGCUAUGGCGGUCCAGACAGACAGUUUGAGUGGUCGAGCUUCGUACAAGGAGCUCUGUACGGAAGGAAGCACGAGUGUGGUAAGUGCUGGAGGAGGUAGUUCAUCUAGUAGCGCUAGUUCUUCCUCUGCAUAUAGUGGCGGAUCGUCUCCCUCUGCGGGUUCUAGGACGUUCGCGACACCAUCUUCUUCGGCUGCCAUUACGACACCGGCAGAAGAUGAUGGGGACAAGAAUCCCGCGAUUUUGCCGAGUUUCUCUCCCUCAGUUGCUGCGGCAGCAGCUGCCGCAGGGUCUAGUGGUGCGCGCGUUUCUGUGGGCUCCUCGUGA